UAUGGUUUCUCUCUUCACCAUAUUAACAGCAUUAAAAAACCCAUCUCCAAGAAUCAGCACCCCCCCAAAGAAGCCCAUGUUCUAGUUCUUUCUUUAUUCAUUUAUUGCCUUUGUAUUUUAUUCAUUUUUGAUUAUUGGUGGUACUUACUGGCUAGCCUUUUGCCAUUGCUUGCCUUGUAAUUCAAAAUCAAGUUGGAAGAAAACUUGGAGAGUAUCUUUGGAUGAAAUCUGGUCAGAUCUUGCUUUGUGGGUUGUGGAUUUUGGUGGGUCUUUCUCUCAGUACAUAACCAUAAUCUUCCCCACCUCUUCUUCCUCUCCUCCUCAUCUCACCUCAGCUCAUACAAAGGAAACCGACUCUAUCCCACCAAAACAAGAAACCAACUUUCUCUGUCUUUUUCCCUCUUCCUCCACCUCUUACCUAUCUCAAUUGUUUUGGUAUUGGAUAUUGGUGACCAGAAAUGGUUAUGGCAGCAGCUGAGUCCCAGUUCCAUGUUUUAGCAGUUGAUGACAGCAUAAUUGAUAGAAAACUGAUUGAGAGACUCCUCAAGACCUCUUCUUAUCGAGCAGUUACAACAGUGGAUUCCGGGAGUAAAGCUCUGGAAUUUCUGGGAUUGCUUGGAGAUGAUGACCACGGCAAUCCAAAUCAGCCUUGUAUUUGUACAAAUCACAGCCAGGAAGUGGCAGUAAAUCUUGUCAUCACAGAUUAUUGUAUGCCUGGGAUGACAGGUUAUGAUUUGCUAAAGAGGAUCAAGGAAUCUUCAUCUCUGAGAAACAUACCGGUUGUCAUAAUGUCAUCUGAGAAUGUCCCUUCAAGAAUCAGCAGAUGUCUACAGGAAGGGGCAGAGGAAUUUUUCCUUAAGCCAGUGAGGUUGUCAGAUUUGAACAAGCUCAAAACCCAUAUGAUGAAAAGCAAGUGCAAGAAUCAUCAAAUGCCAGAAAAUCUAGAAGAUCCAGAAAGGCCAGAAGGAUCAACAGCAACAUCAUCACCAUCAGCAGAAACUUCAGAGUUUCAGUCACCACAAUCACAACCACAGCUAAAGCAGCAGCAGCAGCAACAAUCACAGGCUAAUAAUAGUAAUAAUAACAAGAGGAAGGCUGUUGAAGAAGGGCUGUCCCCAGAUAGAGCAAGGCCAAGAUACAGCAAUGACCUAACUGUGGUCUCUAAUUGAUGCCACUAUAGUAAAAUCCUUUUUUCUUGAUUUGAGAGCUGAUAUGAUGACCCUUUUUUUCUUCUUUUCUUUUCUUUUUCUUUUUAUUUUUUUUCUUCCUGUUUUAAUCAUAGAAUUGGUCAAUACAACACCUAGUGAAAUGUAGAGAAAUGAGAAAUGACAGAGGGAGAGAGAUGCCAUCGUUAUGAUGGGAGAUUUGUACACAUCUUAUAUCAACAAAAAGUACAAAAAAAAUCCAAUUUUGUUUGGUAA